GAGCAGAGUGCGCCUGCGCGGCCGCCCGGGUGGCUGGGCCGUGGCGGAGCGUUCCAUGGCCGGCGGCGCGGGACCAUGACCGAUUACAGCGAGGAGCAGCGCAACGAGCGGGAGGCGCUGGAGUCCAUCUACCCGGACUCGUUCACAGUGUUAUCAGAAAACCCAACAAGUUUCACUAUCACAGUGACAUCUGAAGCAGGAGAAAAUGAUGAAACUGUUCAGGCAACCCUUAAAUUUACCUAUGGAGAAAAAUAUCCAGAUGAAACUCCACUUUAUGAAAUAUUCUCCCAGGAGAACCUUGAAGAUAAUGAUGUCACAGACAUAUUAAGCCUUCUAGCACAACAGGCAGAAGAGAACUUGGGGAUGGUGAUGAUCUUCACUCUAGUGUCAGCUGUACAAGAGAAAUUAAAUGAAAUAGUGGAUCAAAUAAAAACAAGGCAAGAGGAGGAAAAGAAACAGAAGGAAAGAGAAGCAGAGGAGGCAGAAAAGCUAUGUUUCCAUGGCACCCCUGUUACAAUCGAGAAUUUCCUAAGCUGGAAAGCAAAGUUUGAUGCAGAGCUCCUAGAAAUUAAAAGAAAAAAGAUGAAAGAAGAGGAGCAAUCAGGCAGAAAUAAAUUAAGUGGAAAACAGCUAUUUGAAACCGAUCAUAAUCUUGACACAUCUGACAUACAAUUCUUAGAAGAAGCUGGAAACAGUGUGGAAGUAGAUGAAUCCUUGUUCCAGGAAAUGGAUGACUUGGAGUUGGAUGAUGAAGAGGAUGACACUGAUUACAACCCUGUUGGUUUAGAUAGUGACUAGACUGAAUUUGCUGAACUGGCUGUGUCAUUAGUAUGCAUGGAUACGUGGGGAGAAAGGCAGUCAGGAAAGCCACAGUAUCUGUGGCUCUACCAUGCAUGUAUUGGUUUUCAUUUUUGAAGGAAAAAACUUUUAAUUUCAGGAGAAUACUCUUCUGAUGACUUGCAUCAUAAUUAAUAAAUUGACUUUAACAUUUCAAAUGUGAAA